AUGGAGCGGUCCUGCCGAAACGCGAGGGGAGCAGCCGCCUGGGGAGGCAGUCAGCACCGGGCAGGAGGGCCGGUUCCCGGGGCCCGCGAGCUGACGGGAGCACCGGGAACCCGGGCAGGCCCGGACCGGAGCCGACUGGUCAAGCGGAUCAGAGUCUGCAUGCUGCUGGUGGGGAGGGUCCCAGACGUGCCCUACGGAGUAGGGGGUCCCCCGGACGACCUCGGGCCCCCUCCUUACCCGCUGCGCUGCCACAUGCAAGCCCAGAGCACGUGCGGUUUGCCAUGGCUGUGGGCCGGGGCUGUGGGUGGUGGCAUCUCCUUUCCAGCUGUGCCUGCUGGCUUUGGGGGCCCUCAGGGUGGGGACUGUGAUGCUCUCCCAGCCACACGGUACCCUCUGUACCAGCUGGGCAACCCCCAGCUCCGCGUCUUCCGAACAAACUUCUUCAUUCGGCUGGUGCGGCCUGGCACGGCCCAGCCCGAGGACACCGUGCAGUUCCGGAUCCCCAUGGAGAUGACCCGGGUAGACGUCCGGAACUACCUCGAGCGCAUCUACAACGUGCCCGUGGCCACUGUGAGGACCAGGGUGCAGCACGGUUCCAACAGGAAGAGGGAUCACAGAAACGUCAGGGUGAAGAAACCAGACUACAAGGUGGCCUAUGUGCAGCUGGCGCACGGACAGACCUUCACCUUCCCUGAUCUGUUUCCUGAGAAGCAGCAGAGCCCUGGCGACGAGGACGUCCAGGAUCGGCUCCUGGAGGAGCAGCGGAGGCGGCAGAGCCGGGACCCACGACGUGGUGGCGUCCCCGACUGGUUCGGCCCCUCACGGCCCCAAUAAAGUCCUGCGUGUGGAGCAGAGG